AUGGACAACUUUGAGAAGCUGUCCGUCAGCGAGCGCAAAAUCAUUGUCGGCAUCGACUUCGGAACCACUUACUCCGGAGUGGCCUGGGCAGAAACUCAACGUCCCGACCGACGAACUGCCAUCACCACUUGGCCCAUCAGCAAGACUAUUCGCGAGGGCGAAUCUUCCGACAAAGUCCCUACCAAGCUUCGAUAUGCCAGCGACCAAGUUCAAUGGGGCUUUUCUAUCCCCGUCACUGCACCGCAAGAUGAAGUCGUCGAGUGGUUCAAGCUCGAUCUCGAUCCUUCUCUUCAAAGCAUGGGUCAAUCUGUAUCUUCAGAGGCUAGAGGUGGCCGCAAUGUCGACAAGCUCGUGACGGACUACAUCUCGGCUCUGGGUGACCAUCUGCUGUACACCCUGAAGGAGAAGCUCGGGGAGCAGGUUGUCAAUACCACUCCCUUGGAGUUCGUCGUCACAGUGCCUGCUAUCUGGUCAGAUCUCGCCAAGGACAAGACCAAACAAGCCUGCCAAAGGGCAGCUGGUCUCAACACCACUACUAACGCUGUCGCUCCCAUCCACCUCGUCUCCGAGCCAGAAGCCGCUGCGAUUUACGCAUUGCAUGGUCUCGACCCACAUGGCCUCAAGGUUGACGACACUGUGGUAGUGGUUGAUGCUGGAGGCGGCACUGUCGACCUGAUCUCUUACACUAUUACAAGUCUCAAGCCCAUCCUGGAAGUUCAAGAGGCUGCUCCUGGCUCUGGUGCGCUGUGCGGAUCAACAUUUCUCAACAUGCGCUUUGCCAAGUUCCUAAAGGCAAAGCUGGGCAAAGAGGAUGGAUUCGACGACGAGAUCAUGGCCGAAGCUAUGGAACACUCUUUGACUAAUGGUGCGCAGGUCAAGCGACAAUUCACCCUCGGCGCCGCUCCUGAUGAUACCUACACGAUUCCAGUCGGUGGUCUUGCCAACAAUAAAGAGCUCGGAAUCAAUCGCGGUCGAUUCUCAUUGAAGGCGUCGGAUCUUCAAACCAUCUUUGAACCUGUUGUCCUGGAGUGCAUCAAGCUUGUCAAGGACCAGAUCACAGCAAGCAAUGUGCCGAUUCGUGCUAUUCUCCUCGUCGGCGGCUUCGGCGCAUCCAACUACCUCAAGGAGCGGUUGCGCAACGCUAUUGACAAGAGCAUUCAGAUCAUGCAGCCGCCCAACGCCUGGCAGGCUGUGGUUCAAGGCGCCGUCAUGAAGGGCUUGGCUCAAGUAUCGCCCGACAAGCUCACGCAAGUCAGGGUUCAGAAUCGCAAGGCCAGGAAGCACUACGGCACCGAGUGGCGCAGCAAGUACGACGCAAAGGCGCACAAGCAUCUCGAGCAGAAGCGACAUUGGUGCGGCUUGGAUGGUUGUUACAAAGUGUACACCAUGGAGUGGUUCAUCCAACGCGGCGAUAACGUCUCCGAAAACGAGCCCUUUUACACAUCCUUUGUGUGGACUGGUCUGGUCAGCCAGGGCCGUAUCAAAAAGAUCAAGAUGGAUAUUUACGCAGAUCGCAACCAACGAAUGGCGCCUGUUGCCCGAGACGAGAAUGUGUCAAUGCUUGUCCAUGUCGAGGCUGAUGUUGGACACAUUCCUGAGCAUAUGCUCUCCCGCCGCCAGGGACUUGAUGGCCAGUGGUAUUACGAGCUGAACUGUAAGAUCGAGGCCGUGUAUCUUUCGGCCUCAACCACGUACACGUUGCUCUAUAACAACCAACGGUACAACACGGUGACGGCGGAGUAUGUUUAA